AUGGCCUUUAAAAUCAACAACAUAACACCAGAAUCAAAAGUAAAAAUGAGCAUAGGAGACAUAGUGUACUGGUACAUCUUGCCAUUCUUGUUUGCCAUUCAUGAGGUCAACCAGAAUCCCAGGCUCUUGUCCAAUAUCACACUUGGCUACAACUUCUAUGAGAAUUAUUUUAAUGAAAGGAUGACUUCUAAUGCCAUGGUAGACCUUCCUUCUGUAGGACAGAAGAAUGUUCCAAAUUAUAACUGUGGAGGACAAAAGAACUUGCUAGCUGUUGUGGAAGGAACUGACUCAGAAAUCUCCAACCAGAUUUCCACCAUGUUGGGCACCUACAAAAUCCCACAAGUCAGUUAUGGUUCUGGUAGUCAUGUUGCCAAAGAUAAAACUCAGUUCCCUUUUUUAUAUCGGAUGGUCCCAAAACAAGAAUCCCAAUAUGGGGGCAUUGUCAAGAUACUGCUGCAUUUCAAAUGGACGUGGAUCGGUCUCUUAGCUCCAGACAAUGAGAUGGGAGAGAACUUCAUGAGCACUUUCACAACCAUAGUCGCCAGGAGUGGUGUUUGUGUCUGCUUCUCACAAAAGAUCCCGACCUUUAAGCUGGAAAAGGCACUGUUGGACAAUCUGGUUACAUUUCUCAAGCAGAGAACAUGCAAUGUAGUUGUUUACCAUGAGGAUUCUUACACCAUGAUUGUUCUAGGAACUGUGAUGAAAGAAUUUGAAAUGGUCGAACAUUCCAUGGUUGGGAAAGUUUGGAUCACAACAAUUUUACAUGGCCUCAGUUUGACAUGGUUUUACAAGGUCUUUGAUAUCCAGAAUAUCCAUGGUUCAUUGUUCUUAAUUCAGACAAAGGAAACAACAAAACAUUACAGUUUUGAUUCAUACCUCUCUGAUAUCAAUAAAACUGGAGAGGAAGUAUUUCACUGUUCGUAUUCAAAACACAUGUUUGUGAAAGGCUGGAGAAGAUGCACAGAGAAGGAGGAUAUGGAGACUCCAUCCCAGGAACUGCUUGACAGAAUUCUGUCUCAAGACAGCUAUACUAUUUACAACAUUAUCCAAUCUCUGGCUCAUGCCUUAAAUGCUGCAUAUACAUCCAGGUCCAAUCAGAUAAUGAUGAUAGAUGGGAAAUGGCUAGGACCUCAAAGGUUACAUCCUUGGCAGCUCCAUCCCUUCCUCAGAAACAUCCAGUUUUACAAUGAAUCCAGAGAGGCACUUCCUUUUGACAAGAACAGGUACCUUGCAGAUAACUUUGAUAUUAUGAACUGGGUUGCAUUUCCCAAUGAGUCCAUUGUUAAUAUGAAAGUUGGGAGUAUAGAAAGGCAGAACACUUCAGACAUAAAGCUCAUCAUUGACCAAAAUGCCAUUGUGUGGCCCAGUUGGUUCAACCAGACCCUGCCUGUUUCUAUUUGCAACAAAACCUGUCGGCCUGGAUAUGCCAAAGUGAUUCAGAAAGAGAAGCCUCUUUGCUGCUACGGCUGUGCACUGUGCAUGGAAGGGACAAUCUCCACACAGGAAGAUGCAAGCCAUUGCAAUAAGUGUCCAGAAGAUCAGCAUUCGAACAAGGACCAAAAUCAAUGCAUUCCCAAAUUGAUAACCUUUCUAUCUUAUAAAGAACCUUUGGGCAUUCUUCUAACUUUCUUCACACUCAUCUUGACCCUAAUGACAGGCUUUGUUUUAGGAAUCUUCAUUAAAUGUUUAAAGACUCCCAUUGUCAAAGCCAACAAUCGGGACCUCUCCUACGUUCUCCUCGUUUCCCUCCUGCUUUCAUUUCUCUCCUCUUUUCUUUUCAUUGGUCAGCCCCAGAAGGUGACAUGCCUUCUCCGACAAACUGCCUUCAGCAUCAUCUUCUCCGUCGCCGUCUCUUCUGUGUUGGCCAAGACUGUCACUGUGGUGGUGGCCUUCAUGGCCUCACAGCCAGGCAGCAGGAUGAGGAAAUGGCUGGGAAAGAGCUUGGCCAACUCCAUUGUCUUUUCCUGCUCCGGUGUUCAAGUGGGCAUCUGCACUCUCUGGCUGGGCAUCUCUCCCCCUUUCCCAGAGGCUGACAUGCACUCCCAGGCUGGACAGAUCGUCCUGCAAUGUAACGAAGGGUCUGUCGCCAUGUUUUAUGGUGCCCUUGGCUACAUGGGCUUCUUGGCCACAGUCUCCUUCACGGUGGCUUUCCUAGCCAGGAAGCUGCCUGGGGCGUUCAAUGAAGCCAAGCUGAUCACCUUCAGCAUGUUGAUCAACCAGAAUCCCAGGCUCUUGUCCAAUAUCACACUUGGCUACAACAUCUAUGAGAAUUAUUUUAACGAAAGGAUAACUUUCAAUGCCGUGGUAGACCUCCUUUCUAUUGGACAGAAGAAUGUUCCAAAUUAUAACUGUGGAGGAGAGAAGAACCUGCUAGCUGUUGUGGAAGGAAGUGGCUCAGAAAUCUCCAACCAGAUUUCAACCAUGUCGGGCACCUACAAAAUCCCACAACUCCAUCCCUUCCUCAGAAACAUCAAGUUUUACAAUAAAUCUACAGAGACACUUCAUUUUGACGAAAACAGGGACCUGGCAGAUAACUUUGAUAUUAUGAACUGGGUUGCAUUUCCCAAUCAGUCCAUUGCUAGUAUGAAAGUUGGGAGUAUAGAAAGACAGAACUCUUCAGACAUAACGCUCAUCAUUGACCAGAACGCCAUUGUGUGGCCCAGUUGGUUCAACCAGACCCUGCCUGUUUCUAGGUGCAACAAAACCUGUCACCCUGGAAGCGUCAAGCUUGUCAAGACUGAGCCUUUGCCAGUCUUGCCUUCAGCCUUGUUUGUAGAGAAAUCGAGCCAGAUGCAAGCCAUUGCUAUAAGUGUCCAGAAGAUCACCAUUCAAACAAGGACCAAAAUCAAUGCAUCCCCAAGCUGA